AUGGCCAGCCGUCGCGAGCGAGGCAUCCGUGGUGCAAACCUCAUUCCUGAUGAGGAGCGCCUUCGACGCGUUGACGAGGCCAAGCGCAACGUCCGUGAGACAGCCACUUACACCCCCGUCCUCUAUGGACGCGUCUUGUCUCGCAUCGAAUCCAAUGCCUUCCGUCGUUGCAUCUCAGACAAUACCAUCUACCACUCCAUCUGCAACUCUCUGAAGGACAACAACAUUGCUGAGCGCGAUCGUCACCCUGACCUUGUCGACUUCCUCGCCCUUGAGGCCAUACUCCCUGUCAACUACAACGGCGAGUACAACCGCGUCCUCCGUGACCUCUACAUCCGCUGCGACACCGACGCCUGGGUCGACCAGGCCGUCUUCAACGAGAACCACGAGUGGUUCCAGGAUGCCAUCCAGCAGGCCCGGAACUAUAUCAGCAGCAUUAUCGGACGCGCCGACGGAGAUCUGCUUGAGAUUGUUCUUGCCGGCAUCGAGACGGGCUUCUGGCGCGAGAAAAUCGAGGAAAACGCCAUCUACCUUCCCGUCGUUGAGAAGAUGGACCGGGACCAGAACCUCACCCAGCGCGACGUCAUCACUGCCGUGGCCAUCAACGGCGGCAAGUACCCGGCUGCUGUCUACCGCCACCUCGUCGUCAAGCAGAACUCGGACAUGACCAACUGGGGCAACGACAGCGCCGCCCGCCAAAACCUAUACGAGGACGAAGAGUUCCACGAGAACCGCGCCACCAGCACCGUCUACGCCGAGACGAUGGCCAACCUCGAUUCCUUCGCCAACGCAAUGGAGGAUAAGGAGAAGGCGCUCGAGAUCCGCAAGCAGAUCCGCGAGAUGAAGGAGCUCAUGGAGAACGACGCCGGCAUCCUCCAGCACACCAGAGGUGGCCGCGUCAUCAAGGCCGGCGCCCGCGGCAACGGUGGCCGCGCCCAGUCUCGCCGCGGCUCUGUCGCCUCCGCCUCCGCCUCCUCUGGCAUUUUCGUACGCCAGAGCAUCGAGGACAACGGAGGCAACGACGGCAGAGGCCAGGGGGGCCUUCUGCGCGUCGCCGGCCGCGCUGCCAGCGGCGGAAAGGAAGGAUAUGGCGGCGUUAACGUUAAGAGGGAGGCAGGCGGUCCUUCCGCUAACUAA